AUGGAGUCAGCAAAAGACUCCAUUGCAACUCUCUCGCAGAAGGAAUAUCAAAUAACGAGCACCAUUAAAUCCAUUAAGUCUAUAUCUAUCUAUCUAUCUAUCUAUCUAUCUAUCUAUCUAUCUAAGGUGGAGUUGGUAACUCACGAAUCUUAUCUAUCUAUCUAUCUAUCUAUCUAUCUAUCUAUCUAUCUAUCUAUCUAUCUAUCUAUGACGAAAGCAUUUAAACAGAUAUCUAUAUAUUACCAGAACGCUCUAGAAUCUCUUAUCUAUCUAUCUAUCUAUCUAUCUAUCUAUCUAUCUAUUAUGUGUCUACGUAAAAUCUCUCUAUCUAUCCCAGUCACUUCAUUAUCUAUCUAUCUAUCUAUCUAUCUAUCUAUCUAUCUAUCUAUCUUAUUCUUUUUCUCCAUCUUGUUAUUUUCUUUGAUUUCUUCAUUUUGUUCCUUCUUUUUCUUCUUCUUUAUUGCAUAUUUCGCUCCGUGUAUUCUUGAACUUCUCCUCCUCUUUCUUCUUAUUUUUCUUUACUUUCUUCAUUUUGUUUUUUUUCUCUUUUUUUUUCUUAUUCAUUGUAUUUUUUCUUCGCUCCGUAUCUUACUGUAUCAAUUUUUCUUCCUCUUUUUGUUAUUAUCGUUGCUUUAUUCGUUUCAUCUUGUUGUUGUUGUUGUUUUUGUCGUCGCUUUGUUCAUUUCGUUUCUUCUUCUUCUUCUUCUUCUUCUUCUUCUUCUUCGUCGUCGUCGUCAUUGCAUUUUCUUCGCUCGGCGGUUCUUCAGGAUAUUUUUAUUCUCAUUCUUCUCAGUUUAUUUACCUCAUUUUUUUUAUCUGCUUCUUCUUCGUUUAAUGGUUUCACCCUUUGUCGUCGUCGUCUUCUUCUUAUUCUACUUCUUCUUCUUCUUCUUCUCCUCCUCCUUCUCCUCCUCCUCCUCCUUCUUCUUCUUCUUCUUCCAUGAUUUCGGCUAUUAUGUUUGCCAUCUCCCUACUUCUAUUUCUAUUUUCCUUAUGAUGUCUUCAUUUCGUUUUCUUCUUCUUCUUCUUCUUCUUCUUCUUCUUCUUCUUCUUGAUGUCAUUUGUUCACUUCCGUUGUAA